GCCUUUUAAUUCCAUUAAUUUCUGUCUUUUCUGAAGAGAUGUACAUAUAUAUUUGGAAUAUAGUAUAUUAUUAAAAUAGACUAACUGUGGAUAAUGGGGAAAUGUAAACAUUAAGAAAAGACCUGGUUGAUUAUGCUUACUAGCCCAUAGUUUAGUAGAUUUCAAUUGAAAAAAAUUGACAAGGGCCCUGAAUCUUAUUCUACAGUCUAGUCUAUUUAUAGACUAGUCUAUUUAUAGACAAAGUAAGUGCCCCCUCCCACAAAUCGUUCUGAAGCACAGGCCAGCAAGGUAUUUCCUACCCUCCUAGGUGGUCUGGCAAGACUGCUGCAUGAAAUCAUCUGCCUCCUGAUGCAUUACUGACAGCAACAAGUAUUGGGAAACUGACAGAAGUUGAUAAUUGUUAUUUAUCUGUUUUCUCUUGAGAGUACCCUAAACAAUGGAAGUCAGUGUCACAGGGAGUUCACAUUUAAAUGCAACACUCUGAGUAUCUUUUUAAAAGGCUUGAUAGUUUUGAUAUAGCUCCUAGGCAUUAAGAAAUGAAGCAAUCCAAAUAACAUGCAGGAAAGACAGUGGUUGUAAGUCCAUUUGUAGAAGAAGCGAGCCCGGUCCAUGCAGCACAGUGCAAAAUGAAAAUUUGGCAAAAUUUUAGCAGAUUGAUUGGCGUGAAAUGCCAAACAGAUAAAUAGGUGAAAGUGUAUUAUCCAGACUGGCUCUUAACUUUGAUGAAAUUCAGCACAUAAACUCUCCACUUAAGCACGCGUUACAAAGGUGAGAGACUUGGUGUUUUGCAAAAAUAAGCUUGGUGUUGGACACACCUGAAUGUGCUUAACAGGUGAGCUGUAAUGGAACCAAAGGGAUGUACAAGCACAAAUCAUUUCCCCGGGGAAAGUUAAUGUCCUCCCUAUUUUCAGUGGCACCCAUGAAGUUUGACUUCUCAGAAUGGUUUUGGCAUUUCAUGAUUACAAUUUUGUGAAUCACGUUGAACAGAGGCAUCAUUUUUUGAGAUUCUAAUUUCAGGUGUUUUUGAAAAAAAAACAACACAAAAAAAACACAGUUUGGAUGUGAGAAAGGACAUGAGGAGACCAAAGACCUGGGAUUUUGCUGAUCAGAAUGAAACAAAUGUUGAAAGACUUUUCAAAUCUACUCUUGGUGGUACUUUGUGACUAUGUUCUUGCAGAAGCUGAAUACCUCCUCUUGGGAAAGCCCGGCCAUGUAGCACUAAGCAACAAUACAGUAUCGGUGGGUUUCCAGUAUGUCAGUGGGGCUAAUGGGACGCUGAGGAAUGUAUCUAUCCUGUUGUUGGAGGCCAACACCAAUCAGACUGUUACCACCAAAUACCUCCUGACCAACCAGUCCCGGGGAACACUGGAGUUCGAAUGCUUCUACUUCAAGGAGGCGGGGGACUACUGGUUCACCAUGACUCCAGAAGCGGCAGACAACAGCACUCCAGUCCACCUGUGGGAGCAAAGUGCCUUUCUCAAGGUGGAAUGGCCUGUCUUUCAUGUUGACCUGAAUAGGACAUCCAGGGCAGCAGAAGGCACCUUCCAGGUGGGCCUUUUUACCAGUCAACCACUGUGCUCAUUCCCUGCGGACCAACCUGACAUCUUGGUGGAUGUCAUCUUUACCAACAGUCUUCCCGAGGCAAGAACGAGUCCAGGACAGCCGCUGGAGAUAAGAACCAGCAAGAGGACACAACUCUCUCAAGGUCAGUGGGUUGAGUUUGGCUGUGCACCCGUGGGGCCGGAAGCCUACGUCACUGUGGUGCUGAAGCUGCUCGGCCAAGACUCGGUCAUUACCUCCACGGGACCCAUUGACCUGGCCCAGAAAUUUGGAUACAAACUGGUGACGGUGCCGGAACUCACGUGUGAGUCGGCAGUGGAGGUGAUGGUGCUGCCUCCCCCGUGCGUCUUCGUCCAAGGAGUGAUCGGGGUCUUCAAGGAGGCCCCCAGACGCCCUGGGGAAGGGACCAUUCGGCUGGCUGAAAACAGCCUGACCUUGGGAGAGAGGAGAACAGUAUUCAACUGCACUUUGUUUGACAUGGGGAGGAAUAAAUACUGCUUUGACUUUGGCGUUUCAAGCAGAAGCCAUUUUUCCACAAAGGAGAGGGAGUGCAUGCUAAUCCAGAGAAACAUAGCUUUCCAGCCAUCCAGUGCAUCCCCUCUUCAGCCCCAGGGUCCGGUGAAGUCCAACAACAUCGUGACCGUCACUGGGAUUUCCCUGUGCUUGUUCAUCAUCCUCGCCACCGUCCUCAUCACGCUGUGGCGGAAGUUCGGCCGCACCCCGAAGUGCCGCACGCCGGCUCGACACAACUCCAUCCACUCCCCCAGCUUCCGGAAGAACUCGGACGAGGAGAACAUCUGCGAGCUGAGCGAGCAGCGCGGCAGCUUCUCGGACGGGGGCGACGGGCCCGCGGGGGGCCCGGGGGACGCGGGCAUCCCCCUGACCUACAGGCGCAGUGUGCCCGCGGCUCCCGAGGACGACGCCUCUGGCAGCGAGAGCGUGCAGUCCAACGCCCAGAAGAUCAUCCCCCCGCUGUUCAGCUACCGCCUGGCCCAGCAGCAGCUGAAGGAGAUGAAGAAGAAGGGCCUGACGGAAACCACCAAGGUGUACCACGUGUCUCAGAGUCCCCUGACAGACACGGCCAUCGACGCCGCCGCCGUGCCCCCCUUAGACGUGGAAAGCCCAGACGAAGCCGCGGCAAACAAGUUCAGGAUCAAAUCCCCGUUUCUGGAGCAGCCGGCGGGCGGAGCCGCGGCCAGGCCCCCCUCCAGGCCCGACCACCCGGCGUGUCAGGCCAGUUGCGCCGUCAGCCCCAGCCAGACGGUGAUCCGCAAGUCAGCCACGAGGCACGUGGGCGGCAGAGGGGCGCUGCCGGAGAGGAGCCACCCCAGGGGCUCCCACUUCAGGAGGACCGCUAGUUUUCACGAAGCCAAGCAGGCCCGGCCGUUCCGGGAGAGGAGCAUGUCCACCCUGACUCCACGCCAGGCCCCGGCCUACAGUUCUAGGACGCGGACCUGGGACCAGGCGGAAGACAGAUUUCGGCCUCACAGUCGAGGCGCCGCCCCGUUUCCCGAGAAACCGGAAGGGGCGGGUGCAACCAGAGGUCCAUUGAGCCCUGCCCCUAAGUCCUACACCCUGGGGCAGCCCGUGAGGAAACCAGACCUGGGGGACAGCCAGGCAAGCUUCGUGGUAGGAGGUGAGAGAACAGAGCCUCACAGAUCUCGGAGGGGACCGUCCCCCAGUCACAGGAGUGUCUCAAGGAAGCAGCCUUCCCCCACUGCCCCCAAAGACAGCUACCAGAGGGUCAGCCCCCUGAGCCCUUCUCAGGGUAGAAAAGACAAGUGUCAGAGUUUCCCAGCCCACCCUGAGUUUGCCUUCUAUGAUAAUACGUCAUUUGGCCUCACUGAGGCUGAGCAGAGGAUGCUGGACCUCCCGGGCUAUUUUGGGUCAAAUGAAGAGGAUGAAACCACAAGUACUCUCAGUGUGGAGAAGUUAGUCAUCUAGACCCACAUCAGCCUGAGACUUCAUACAGCUGGGGUCCUUUGCCCAGCUCCUGGUAGCAGCUGCUCACAGAGCUCUAUGGACUGUUUUGUAUAGCUGUCUGUACAUCAGGAUUGGGUGGGGAGGGAGUAACUCAAGUGUGUGCAUGUGUUUUAAUUCAUAAGGAAGAAGUUACUUAUCUUGAACGUUUCCCUUUGUUAUCCUAGUUCUAUUGGUUUAUUACUAAUAACCACAAUAAUAAAAUUUAAACAAGAGUGAAA